AUGAACGUUCAAGAGGAUUUAAUGGAGAACCUGGAUGAAUACAUCAGCUCAAUCCACAAGGAGCAUCCAGGCCUGGUGAAGAAAGUCCAGCACUCUCAGCAGCUCGGCCUCACCCAGGCCAGACUGUCAGGAUGGAAGGCUGCUGUAGGAGACGUGGUGGCCAUCCUGGAUGCUCACAUAGAAGUACAUGUGCAAUGGGCAGAGCCGUUGUUAGCUCGGAUUAAAGAGGACCGCACCUUGAUUCUCACACCAAUGUUUGACAGAGUCAACUUUGAUGACUUGACACUGACUCCCAAUAUACCUGCUGCUCAUGGCUUUGACUGGGCUCUGUGGUGCUUGUAUGAGGCUUUCAGACCUGAGUGGUACAAUUUAAAGGACCAGUCACAACCUGUCAAGUAA